CAGCUCCGUUUCAGAGUUCUUGAGAAGAAUCACUCGACUUCUUCCUCCUUUCUAUUCCACGAUCCGAGAGCAGCUGGAUUUCCUUCCUCACUUCGCCCCAAGAAUAAACUCUCGGAUCGUGAAUAAGCAAUUUCAUUUUUCAGUCUCCUAUUGGACUUGAAAUUCGCAUUUCUUUUUCUACCAUUUUGCCUCCGUCGAUACCAACAAUAUUGAUUCUAGAGCGAUCUUCUGUGUGGGAGGAUUGGGGAUAAAUAACCUAUUUCCAUUACGACUUCGUGCAUAAUUGAGGUGGGCGCAGAGUAAGCCUCGUUGAGAAGGGAAUGGCGAAGUUCAGGGAUAGGACUGAAGAUUUUAAAGAUGCUGUCCGGCAUUGUGCUACUUCUUCAGGGCAUAACGAGUCCAAGUUGGCGGCUAUUAUGGCGUCAUUCAUCAUUCAGAAACCUCGGCAAAGGUCACCUUUCAUCAAAGCUGCCCUAAAAACGCUUGAGAGCAUUGGCGCUCUUGAAGAGUUUAUGUUGAAGCAUCAAAAGGACUAUGUAGAUAUGUAUCGCACAACAGAUCAAGAGAGAGACAAUAUUGAACAUGAGGUAACUGCAUUCAUCAAAGCAUGCCAAGAACAAAUCGAUAUCCUAAAAAACAACAUUAAUGAGGAUGACGCACACUCAAAGAGCUGGCUUGGUGCUAGGAUUGAUGAUGCUAAUGCCGAUACUAUUGCACACAAACAUGGGGUGGUUCUAAUUUUGAGUGAGAAACUUCAUUCAGUAACAUCACAAUUUGAUAAGUUAAGAGCCAUUCGGUUUCAAGAUAUAAUAAACAAAGCAGUACCAAGAAGAAAACCCAACCAAGUAAAUAAACCACGUUCUGCAAAUGCCCCCAACUAUAAUAAUAUGGAGCUGAGGGAACCUGAUAAUUUUGAGCAUCAACCUGUCCGAGCCCAACAGCAACUGUUGGACGAUGAAACUCGUGCACUUCAGGUUGAGUUGACCAGUCUUCUUGAUGCAGUCCAGGAAACAGAAACUAAGAUGGUAGAGAUGUCUGCUUUAAAUCACCUAAUGUCUACACAUGUUUUGCAGCAAGCACAACAAAUCGAAUUUCUUUAUGAACAGGCUGUUGAAGCUACAAAGAACGUCGAGCUUGGUAAUAAAGAACUUGCCCAAGCAAUUCAGCGGAAUAGCAGCAGUAGAACCUUCCUUCUGCUCUUUCUAUUUGUGCUAACAUUUUCAAUUCUCUUUCUUGAUUGGUAUAGUUGACGGGAUUGGCUUUUGUAUCAUAAUUAUAUUGUACAUUCACAUAGAAGAAAGAAAAAUAAGAAAUCACCGAUGAAAAAUUGGAUCGCAUUCCUAUUA